AUUUUUAAAAAUAAUAAUCCAAAAAACAAUAGCCAGAAUUUUGCUUCCCCAACCAGAACAAAACUAUCCACCUCCUCAUCUCCAAACAAGGCUUUCUCAAUCAAGUCAACACUCUGAAGCUCCUACUCAAACUCUCUCCAAAUUCUUCCCAAUUUAUCUCACUCAUAUUUUCAUCUCCAUCACUUUCAUAUAUUUGCAUUUUAUUUUCUAGAAAUUAACCAUAUAAUACCAUAAUUAACAAUUUUGUACUACUUGUAAAUUAAAUUCUAAAAUAUAUUAAUGGCUCUGUAUUUAUCCCCUUUUCACUUCACUUCUCUCUCUUCCAAAUCUGAUUAUUCUUUACCCUCUAAAUUUCCCGGCGCCGCCGUCUUUUUCCGGCGAGAAUUCCCCGGAGCUUCUGUUUCUCCGCCGUCUACUGAUUCCGGCCGCCGUUGUAUCUUAAAAGAUAGGGCACAACCUGGAAAUAAUGGUUCAUUUGAAGCAAGUGAGUCUUCCCUUGUGGUUUGCUUCGGGGAAAUGCUUAUUGAUUUUGUGCCCACAACAAGUGGGCUUUCCUUGGCCGAAGCACCUGCAUUUAAGAAGGCUCCUGGUGGUGCCCCUGCCAAUGUUGCUGUUGGAAUUGCUCGUCUAGGUGGUGCAUCUGCAUUCAUAGGCAAGGUUGGUGAAGAUGAGUUUGGGUACAUGCUUGCUGAUAUUCUAAAGGAGAAUAAUGUGAACAGUGAAGGAAUGCGAUUCGAUCCUGGAGCACGAACUGCGUUAGCCUUUGUGACAUUGAGGAAAGACGGGGAGCGUGAAUUUAUGUUCUAUCGUAAUCCUAGUGCUGACAUGCUGCUUCAGGAAUCUGAGAUUGAUUUUGAGCUUAUUAGGAAGGCAAAGAUAUUUCAUUAUGGGUCAAUAAGCUUAAUUACUGAACCAUGCAAAUCAGCUCACAUUGCUGCUGCUAAUGCGGCCAGAGAUGCUGGUGUGCUGCUCUCAUAUGAUCCCAACUUAAGGCUUCCAUUAUGGCCAUCUGCAGAGAGUGCGCGUGAAGGGAUCCUUAGCAUUUGGGAUACUGCAGAUAUUAUCAAGAUAAGCGAAGAAGAGAUUUCCUUUUUGACUCAAGGAGAAGAUCCUUAUGAUGACAAUGUUGUGCGCAAACUAUACCACCAAAACCUCAAGCUACUACUUGUGACUGAGGGAGCAGAAGGUUGUCGGUAUUAUACCAAGGAGUUUAGUGGUAGAAUUGAGGGUUUGAAGGUAGAGGCUGUAGACACCACAGGUGCGGGUGAUGCCUUUGUUGCUGGCAUGCUAUCCCAACUAGCUUCUGACAUGAACUUGAUUCAGGAAGAGGAUCGUUUAAGAGACGCUCUACGAUUUGCCAAUGCCUGUGGUGCAUUGACUGUUACAGAGCGAGGUGCGAUUCCUGCUCUGCCAACUAGAGAAGCAGUGCUUAAUGCAAUGCUGAAGUCUGUGGCUUAAGAUUCUGGUUUAAUCCAUGUAAUUUUUGUACCACUAUUCCCUCAUUUUUAGGCCAUAAUGUGCUUAAUAAUGUUAUUUGCAAGGUCAACUUUAGUUUAAAUAAUGGCCCUUGCAUUAUUGCAUGUCGUGUAUAUUAGCGUGCCAAGUAUUAGUGUGGCUGCAAUCUUAGGAUUUGCCGGCAGUUUUCUUACAUAUUGUAAUCUUGACUAUUCUUCAAAAAAAUUGAGAGAUAAUUUGCAAACAUUUUUCUUACCCUUACUGGGUUGUGAAUGAAAUGCUUCAAUUAUAUGUAGUUCACCGAAAUUUGGCUAGAA